AUGACUUCACCGAAGCUACUUGUGAUUAUGCUUUUCUCAUUCAUGGCGCUAUUCAUAACAUCCCAUGCUACAUCCUUUUCUCCUGCAGGUCGGAAGCUAUUUCAGCAUCAGUACUCUCAUACUCCGGAGCUUCCAUUCUCGUACAGUCAGUCUCGUCUCAGCUUUUCUAAAAGCCCCAUGCCUAGAAGAUCUUUAUUCCUCUUCCGUUUAGGAAGAUUUUUAAGAAAGAAAAAACCUGGAAAGGGCUCUGGGCCUACUCCGGAUCUCUCCCCACCGUACUCUGCUACUCCAAAGCUCCCGCCUCCGUCCUACGAUCGUUCAUCGAAGGUCCCACCGCCGCCGUACAAUCCUACUUCAGAGUUCCAAUCAUGGUACACUCCAACUCAGGAGCUCCCGCCCUCGUACACUCCUUCUACGGAGCUGCCUCCGUCGUACACUCCAGCUCCGGCGCCGUCGUACAGUGCUGCUCCUUCGCCGGCGCCUUAUUAUUAUUAG